UAGUAACUAAAUUAUUGACAUUUGAAGAAAAAAGCAAACAAAACAUGGUGAUUUCUUAUCUGUCGGAAUUUAUACCUGUUUCCAUCUUUAGCAGUAGUUACAAAUCAGAUUAAAUAUAAGAUAUUACUCAUCUAAAUUCAUAAUACCGAAAGCAAUCGAGUCAUCGGAAUAUUACAAAAGAAUAUCUACAGAAUGAUGUACUUUCCAGCAUAGUUCAGAGCGUAAAAUUAGACGUAAGAUAUGGUGUGGAGGGAUUGCCAUAAUGAACGAGCGUGUGCCCAUGAAAAAUGAGGAUUGUGAACGAAUGCCUAGUUCGGGAAGUGGAGCUGAUGCUGCUGCCACAUCCAACGCAACUACUCCAACAUCAACAACUAAGGAGAAACGCAACUGGUUCCAAUCACUGACGAGACGAAAAAAGUCUCAAUCACAAAUGUCCCUUGCUGAUAUACCCUCCACAUCACGAGAAUCACCGCUUAUACAGAACAACAACAAUGAACCCUUGCAGGUGAUAUGUACCAGAAACCCCAUUAGAGAUCUUGAUGCCAAUACCAAUAAAGAAUCUGACAUAGGCGGCACGAUUGGACGCAAGCGAAAAGAUGAAAAGAAUGUAUUUCAAAGGUUGCGUAAAAAGAUGGGUCUGCGAUUUUCUUCUUUGCGACAUCGCCAAGAGCCUGCCGAUGAGACUGACAGUGGUGGCGGCUGUGCUGGAGGCACAAUAAACGCUUCUGAUGAAUUUUUAACUCACUCACCGAUACGUGAACCGAAGCUGCUGUUUAACUUUGCACAAAGUAAACCAGUUGAAGAACAAGAGAUUGUACCAUUUACCAAUGGCUAUAAACGUUUCAUUAUUAAGAAGUGGUUGCAAAAAGAAGCAAGACCUAAUCACAUAAUGUAUACAGCAUGCUCGGAAAUGCUAAGCCAAGUGUGGUACUGGGGCGAGAUAUCACGACUCGACGCACAAAAGCAACUAAGCGACAAACCCACCGGUUCAUUUCUAGUGCGCGACUCUGAAACACGUGGCUGCCAGUUUACACUUAGCUUCCGAAUUGUGAAUGUAACAUUUCAUUAUCGUUUAGAAUACCGUGAUGGCUAUUGGCAUUUUGAGGAAUUACAAUACGAAUCCAUUGUGGAAAUGAUAGAAGAUAUACUGUACCGUUGUACCAACGACAAUUUUGUAUGUUUCGUAAAAGUGCAAAAUGAAUUGCAACCACCCUGUCCAGUCAUACUAAAGUAUCCGCUUAGUCGGUAUUUUAAAAUGCCACAAUUGCAAGACUUGUGUCGACGUGUAAUACAGCAACAUGCUGCAUCCGAAGAAAUUGCAAAGCUGCCAAUUCCACCAAAGCUUCAGGAAUACUUAAGUAUAAAACGUGAACUAGUAUUUCACAGUUAAUCAAAAACUAUAAUUUAUAAGAGAAUAAAACGGGGACUAAUGUUCGAUGAGCACGCUAAUUGUUCCGUAUAGUGGGUUAGUCGAUUAAUUAUAGCUUAAAAAAUGUGCUAUUAUUUUAAUCGGCUAAUGGCACUCGAGGGUUAAAGUGUGUAAAAGCCAAAGUAGAGAUAAGCAUACACAACUCAAAGCCACAUAUGAAUAGAAAAUUUGUAUUUUAAGAAACUUUCAACACGGCAUAAAUGUUCACUAUUAAAGUGGUAAAAGAAGUUAUGGGUAGUUAUACUUAUGAUACCUAUACAUGUAUGAUUCAAAAUUCGUUGUCUGGAAAUGAUACAAAAUUAAUGUAAAUUGGCCGCAUUUUAAUUUGAAUUUCCGAAAUCCUUAAUUUGUACUCAUAAUACAUCCACCUACCAAAGAUAUUACUUUCAUCACUGUUUGAAACUACAGUAAUUACAGAUAAGUUAAGAAAUCAAGCAGAAUUCAAAUAUAGUAUGUAUGUAAUUAUUAAUUGAACAAUUCAUUUGUUUAAAUAAUGCAAAUGCAUGUUGCUUGAAUAUAAUAUUCACUAUUUUUAUUUCAAGUUAAGGUAUGUGAACGUAUUUUAAAUAUAAAGCUUUACAAAUAAGCUUUGCUCAAUACUAUUACUCAUUUUAUUUAGUAAGUAAUUGGAAAAUAUAUAAAGCUAAAUAAUCGUAAAUUGAAUCCCUUCUUAUCGCGGAUUACAAAAGAACUCUAUUGACUAUCGAGGGAAAAAGCGCAAUAUAUUGCAAACGAUACGCACAAAUGGUAUUUAUAAAAAUAAGUAAAUUCAAAAUGAGUAAGUGAAAUUAUGAAUAUAUUCAUAUGUUAACAGAUUUUUUCGUACAAAAUAUAUAUUUAUAAGAAGAAUCAAAAACAAUGACGUCAAUAAUUCCUAAGUAGAAUCUAUCAAAUUGAUAUAUAGUUUACAUUAAAUGAUAAGUAUAAAGCUUUAUUCGAGUGCAUUUUGGUACGGAUUAUUUUGAUAUUAAUAACUAUUCAUAAAAAAAUAAUGGUAAAAAUUUUAAUGUACAUUUGCACAAAUUAGAUGAAGAUUUAGCCUACAUAUAUUAUCACAAAUGUUAGUUAAGCAUCAAAUAUUUGUAGUAAAUCUGCUCUAGACUUCUGUAAAUUUUUAAAAUGUGAACUCUUCUCUAUUUAGAAACUAAUUUUUAAAUGUUUUCAAUGCAUAUUAUCCUUCAAAUGCUGAUACAAAUAUAUACAAAUGUACACCUA